UGCCAGCUUUUGCGGCGACAACAACUCAAUGUGGCCAUCGGCUCAACUUACAAAAGAUAUAGAAUAUAUAGAAAAAAAAACGUAAUAAUAAAAAAAAAGAAUUAGAUUAUCAUUCAUCGUUUCAAUCAUCGUGACAAAUUCCAUCAAAGCGUGGUUUUAAAAUUAAAUAAUUAUCAACAAUUUACAGUGUGUGUUGAAAGAGUCAUUGACUAGAGUCUAUUCAAAGCGUCCAACAUGCAGAUGGAUCCAACGACAAUGCAACUGAUACAGGUCCUUGAAAAGACCGUAUCACCAGAUAAAAAUGAGCUUGAAGCAGCUGUACAUUUUUUGGAACAAGCUGCUGUUACAAAUAAUCAUGAAUUUGUUCAACGACUCAGUGCAGUAUUGGGUACAACAGCAGCAAGCACUGUUGCACGUAUGGCUGCUGGUCUUCAAUUGAAAAAUCAGCUAACAUCAAAAGAUUUAACAUUAAAAGAUCAAUAUCAACAAAGAUGGUUAUUAAUACCAGCUGAUGCACGUGAAUAUAUUAAAAAAAAUAUACUUGGUGCAUUGGGUACUGAAGAAAAUAGACCAAGUUCAGCAGCUCAAUGUGUUGCAUAUGUUGCUGUUGCUGAAUUACCAGUUGGACAAUGGUCUGAACUUAUUCCAUUGCUAGUUAAUAAUAUUGCUGAUGUUAAUAGUACAGAAAUGAUGCAAGAAGCAACACUUGAAACAAUUGGUUAUAUAUGCCAAGAAAUUGAUAGUGAAGUAUUAGUUACACAAUCAAAUCAAAUAUUAACAGCAAUUAUUCAUGGUAUGAAAGGUACAUCAAGAUCACAUCAUGUUAAAUAUGCUGCAACAAAAGCACUAUAUAAUUCAUUAGAAUUUACAAAGGGUAAUUUUGAAAAUGAUUCUGAGCGUAAUUUUAUUAUGGAAGUUGUAUGUGAAACAACACAAUCUGAAAAUACAAAAAUUAAAGUUGCUGCAUUACAAUGUCUUGUUAAAAUAAUGUCACUUUAUUAUCAACAUAUGGAAACAUAUAUGGGACCAGCAUUAUUUCCAAUAACACUUGAAGCAAUGAAUUCAGAAAUUGAUGAAGUUGCAUUACAAGGUAUUGAAUUUUGGUCAAAUGUUGCUGAUGAAGAAGUUGAUUUACAAAUGGAAGAAGAUGAAGCUAUUGGAAGUGGACGUCCACCAUCAAAAGUAUCACGUCAUUAUGCUAAAGGUGCAUUAAUGUAUCUUGUACCAGUUUUAUUACAAAAAUUAACAAAACAAGAAGAAUUUGAUGAUGAAGAUGAUUGGAAACCAUCAAAAUCAGCUGGUGUAUGUUUAAUGUUAUUAGCAUCAUGUUGUGAGGAGCAUAUUGUACCAUAUGUAUUACCAUUUGUUAAAGAUAAUAUUGAAAAUCCAGAUUGGCGUCAUCGUGAUGCUGCAUUAAUGGCAUUUUGUUCAAUACUUGGUGGUUUAGAUCCAACAAAAUUACGACCACUUGUUGAACAAGCAAUGCCAACAUUAAUUAAAUCAAUGUAUGAUCAAAGUGUUGUUGUACGUGAUACAACAGCAUGGACAUUUGGUAGAAUAUGUGAAAUAAUACCAGAAGCAGCUAUUAAUGAAACAUAUUUAAAACCAUUAUUGGAAGCAUUGGCAAAUGGUUUAAAUGCUGAACCACGUGUUGCUGCAAAUGUAUGUUGGGCAUUUCCUGGUUUAGCUGAAGCAAGUUAUGAAGCUGCUGAAAAUGAUGAUGGUACACAACCAGAUACAUAUUGUAUGUCACCAUAUUUUGAAUAUAUUGUUGAACGUUUAUUACAAACAACUGAUCGUUCUGAUGGUUCACAAGCAAAUUUACGUACAGCAGCAUAUGAAGCACUUAUGGAAAUGAUGAAAAAUUCACCAAAAGAUUGUUAUGUUGUUGUACAAAGAACAACAAUGAUUAUACUUGAAAGAUUACAACAAGUAUUACAAAUGGAAUCACAUAUACAAAAUAAUUCUGAUCGUGCACAAUAUCAUGAUUUACAAUCAUUAUUAUGUGCAACAUUACAAUCAGUAUUACGUAAAGUAACACCAGAAGAUGCACCACAAAUAUCAGAUGCAAUUAUGACUGCUCUAUUAGCAAUGUUUAAUUCAAAUUCUGGUAAAGUUGGUGGUGUACAAGAGGAUGCAUUAAUGGCUGUAUCAACACUUGUUGAAGGUCUUGGUGAAGGUUUUUUAAAAUAUAUGGAUGUAUUUAAACCAUUUUUAUGUAUGGGAUUAAAAAAUUAUACAGAAUAUCAAGUAUGUGGUGCUGCUGUUGGUUUAACUGGUGAUAUAUGUCGUGCAUUAAAAAAUAAAAUGUUACCAUAUUGUGAUGAAAUAAUGUCAUUAUUAUUAGAAAAUUUACGUAAUGAUUCUGUACAUCGUACUGUUAAACCACAAAUACUUGGUGUAUUUGGUGAUGUUGCAUUAAGUAUUGGUACUGAAUUUAAAAAAUAUUUAGAUAUUGUAUUACAAACAUUGGCACAAGCAUCACAAGCUAAUGUUGAUCGUAAUGAUUGUGAUAUGAUUGAAUAUUUAAAUGAUUUACGUGUUGGUGUACUUGAAGCAUAUACUGGUAUAAUACAAGGUUUAAAAGGUGAUUCAACACCAGGUAUACCAAAUAAUGAUAUAUCACUUGUUGAAAUUCAUGUACCAUUUAUUAUACAAUUUAUAACAUCAAUUGCACAAGAUCGUAAACAUUCUGAUGAAAGUAUGUCAGCAGCAAUUGGUUUACUUGGUGAUCUUGUAACAGCAUUUGGUGCUAAAUUAUUACCAGUUAUUGAAACUGAACCACUUACUGAAUUUUUAACAAAAGGAAGACGUGCACGUACUGCUAAAACAAAAGCACUUGCAACUUGGGUUACAAAAGAAAUACGUAAAUUAAAAAAUGCUGUAAAUUCAACAUCAAGUUGAUCACCCCACGAGUGUACUCUCGUGCAAAUUGAUUUGACUAGAAACCUAUCAAACACAAAACAAAGACAACAAGAUUGGAUGAUGAUGCGGAUGCGAGUUGAUGGAUGUGCGUGAGUUCCAAAAUUUAAAACGAAAAAAGAGAAAAACCGAAAAAAAAAAAAAAAAAAUUACGAAAAAACUUGAAAAAACAAAAAAAAAAAAAAAAUUAAAUUAAAUUGAUGAGGAUGAUGAUGAUGUAAAUGGAAAAUGAUUAUGAUGUCGAUUUGAUGAAAGAUAUUAAUGAAUUUGCACGUUGUUUUCUCUGGUUCUAGCCACUGGAUGUGCUCAUAAACAAAAAAACAAUUUUUUUUUUUUUUUUUUUUUUUUUUUAAAUCUUUUUCUCCUCCCCAGUGGUGGUGUAUGUAUGUAUGUAUGUAUGGAUGAACAUGUAUGGGUGGAUGUGUGAGUCAAACCGAUGUAAAAGUUGUCAACUAAAAAAAAGAAUAAUUCAAUAAUAAUAAUAAUGUAUAAAAGGGUUUUUUUUUUUUCUAUUAUUAUUAUUUUUUUGAUAGUGCAAGAAUGGAGGAUGCAAGUUAAAAUUUGUUGCCAAAUAAAUGAAUGAGAUUACAACAAACUACUACGUGAG